AUGUCAGCACAAAGACAAUUUUCAGAAGAUCUUUGGGAUAAAUUUGAAUCAGUUGUUAAAAAAGUUGAUAAUGGUAAAAUUUUCACACAACAAUUAAGUAAAUUUCUAAGUAAACAACAACAAAUUGAAUCAGCCUAUGCCAAGAGUUUAGUAAAGUUAUGUAAAGAUAAAUCAUUUGCACCAGAGGUUGAAAUGGGGACAUUGAGAGAUUCAUUUCAAUGUUAUCGUGAACAAUUGGAAUUGAUUGGAGCAUUACAUGAGGAAUUUUCAAAUAGAUUAGAGAAAUUAGUUACCAUUGGUAUCGAUGGAUAUUUGGAAGAGAGUAGAAAACAAAGAAAAGCAUUGAUUGCCAAUGGUGAAAAGUGUACAAAGGAUCUAAAGACUGCGGAGUCAAAUGAGUCAAAAGCAAAGCAAAACUAUGAAAAGUUAAAGAGGAAACAAGAGGAGGCCAAUGAAGAUCUCUCAAAACAACCUCCAGGCGCCAAAGAACAAAAGGCCAGAAAGACAUUGGAAUCUGCAACUAAAGCCGCUGACAAAGGUGAUAAUGAGUAUAGGGAGAGUGUGAAAUGUUUGCAACAAAAUCAACAGAAAUUCUAUCAUGAAGAGAUGCCAAGAAUUUUAGAUGAUCUUCAAAGAUUUGAAGUUGAAAGAAUUGAUAAAUCAAAAGAUUGGUUAAUGGAAGUUAUCACUCAAAAUGAAUUGGUACCACCCGCUGUUAUCAUUCAUAAUGAAAACAUUAAAAAAGGUAUUGAAUCUAUCGAUAGAGAACGUGAUCUUCAAAAUUAUAUCUUGGUAACAAUGAGUGGUGCUCAAAAACCACCAGAAGCUCAAUAUGAACCUUAUCAAUCUGGUGGUGGUUUUGCAAUAGUAAAUAGUUCAAGUAAUAGUAAUUUAAAUAUAAGUCGUAAAUCUGGUGAAUUAAAUGGUGGUGGUAGUAUCCAAAAUGGUGCUUCAAUCAUUUCUUCACCACAACAACCACAAUAUCAAAAUAUAGAUCAUCAAACUCCACCACAACCAAAUAUUAUAAUACAGCAACAUCAACAAUCAAACAACAACAACAACACCAACAAUAAUAGUAAUGUAAUGACAACUCCACCACCACCACAACCACAACCACAACAACAACAAUUACCUCAACCAACUCAAUUAAAUAAUCCACCACAACCACCAAUUUCUUUAAGUAAAAAUGAUAGUAGUAAUAGUAUAAAUAGUAAUAGUAAUGGUGAAAUUGUAAGAGCACUUUAUGAUUAUAAUGCAACAGAGGAGAAUGAAAUUUCAUUUAAAGCAAAUGCUUUAAUUAAAGUUGUUUUACGUGACGAAAGUGGUUGGUGGCAAGGUAUGGUAAUUGGAGAGAGUGAUCGUAUUGGUGUUUUCCCAAGUAAUUUUAUUUCAGAUUCUUCUGAUUCUUCAAAGAAAAGAGUGGAUGUAGCAGGUAGAAAAUGUAAAGUACUUUACGAUUAUCGUACAGAUUGUGAGGGUGAAUUAAAUAUUAAAGAAGGUGAAAUUUUAACAAUUGAAUAUGAAGAUGAAGGUUGGUUCUUUGGUUCAAAUGAAUCAAAUGUUUCUGCAAGAUUCCCUUCAAACUAUGUUCAAGUCAUUUAA